UCGGGAGUUUAUUUCCAUUCAAGAAAUGUAAAAUCAGAUGGUCGUCAGCUAUAGCGUUAUUUUACGGUACUGGUGCUAACCGCUCAAUGGUAAGUUAAAGGUACAAAUCAAAUUGUCCAAACCAGGCUUUUUGAGUCUACAUCUAAAGACAUGCCAAGCGUGGACUUUAAUCUUGGAUUUAAAGCAUGCGUAACUGCUCUAAAGAGUAGUUCCAGUGUGUGGUGUGGGUUAACCCUGUUAGGCAGCUCAGUUGCUCACCCUUCCCCUUACAGUGGAAUGGGGAGAGAAUCAGAAGGGCCAAUGUGGAAAAAUUCAUGGGUUGAGUAAAGAGUGUAAGAGGUAAAGCAAAGCUGUGUGUGCAAGCAAAGCAAAAUAUGGAAUCUAUUCAUUAUGUCCCCUUAGCAGGCACAUUUAUAGCCAUUUCCAGGAAAGCAGGGCUUCAUCAGGUCUGAUGGUAACUUGGAAAGCCACAUGUUGUCAGUCACCUGUCUCCUCCUCCCCCCAGCUUUGACUGCUGAGUGUGGCAUCAUAUGGUGUGGGAAGGGCCUUGAAUCAGUUUGGUCAGCUGCAUCCCCUGCAAGCUUCUUGUGCUGCCCUACUUCUGGGACAGGAGCCACAUGAGAAACAGAGAUGGCCUUGACGCUGUGUGAGCACUGCUCAGAGAUAGAUAAACAGCACUGUGUUUGAAACACUCAGUUUGGUCACCAAACACAGCACCCUGCUGGCUACCAUGGAGAAAAUUAACUCUGGUCCAGCUAAAAAAAGUACAGUGUGAAAGACAAAAAGAUGAAAUAACAAUCUUUUAAAUGUCAUGCAAUUUUGAUUUUGCCUGAUCAAUUUUUUUUCCAGUGGACACAAAGUCUAAUUGUUUACCAUAGGAGGAAUUUGCUUAGGGAUGCACAGCAGAUUAUCAUGGAGAAGUUUAUGAGUGUACAGGGAACUGUUGGUUUGUUAGUUCUAAUGGCACAAAAUAAGUAUAUGGCAACACUGUAUAUUGGUCUGGCUUACCAUCUGUGUAUUUAGAAUAGAAAUGGCCAGUUUAAUUUUUUUUAAGCAGUAUUUUACAAGGAGUGGAAUAAUACUGCCUUCAGUUUAAUCCUUCAAACAAUAUGCUCCUGACUUUGGAUCUUAUAAGAGAGGAAGGACACCAGUGUGUCAAAGAGUCUUUCUGAAAAAUGUAAUCUAUGAAAAGAUUAGCAACAGACAAUCUAGAUAAAGAUGGUAAAUGAUUUGGAAUUUUUAUUUAGCACCAGUGGUUUGUGUUGUUACUUUUGACAAAAAUCAUAAAGUAGAGGAUAGAAAAUACCUUUUUUCAAAAAUAAUAAGUUACUAAGGCUGUUUGUUAGUCGUGGGUUUUUAUUUAGGCCCUGCGUAAACCAAGGCUUAGGCUGUCUAUGAUUUCUGUACCACUGAAUCCAGUACUUCGUAUUAGCAACUGAAGCUCUGCAAUCACCUCUAUCAGUUUGCCCCCUAUCCUUACCCUAGAUUGGGAGAUAAAUAAACCGAGGGUUAUCAAAAAUUUCACUUAGUGUAAACUUUGUGAAGAUACUGAAAUAAGCAGCUUAAAAGGUCUUCAGCUGUCUCCAUGCAAAGAAAACAAGUUACAAAGGAAGGCCAUAAUGCGGAGAGCAUGUGAGGAAGAUAAACAAUUACCAAGAAAUGGCUCUUGAACUAAAUUAGCACUUGGUUCCACCUUUUAGUGAGGACAGUGUCAGUUGCGGAGGAUUAAAGGCAGAUGACGGAAAAGUUCUUAAAGUAGAAGCUGUGCAGCAAAGGUAAAAACAACAUCCAGUUGGAAGGCAAUACAGAACAAUUUCCAUUUCAAAAUUCUAAGAAGACAGACCAGGUAUUGGAAGAAUCUAUAAUGGGAGUUUAUUAAAAAGUGUCGUGAGCAUAGUGGUACAAUGUGGCUAAAGCAUGAGUGAUUCCUUGGUUUAGGAAGGAAAAAAAAGAUGAUUUAAGUAUAUGAAAGUUUGUAGGUGCAUUCUUGAUCCCAUACGAGCUUUGAGAGAAAAUUUUAGAAGGACUGUGACAAAAGAAAUAAGAAGAAAUGUGAUUAAUUUGAGCAGCCUGAUCUACUGAAAUAUGCCCCUACCUACAGCAGAGAGACUGGAACUAGAUGAUAUUUAGAGGUCCUGUCCAACCCAAGCCAUUCUAUGAUUGUAACUGUGACAAGAGCUCUUUAUUGUGACCUUACCGCAGAAGAAAACACAUUGUGUAACUGCACUUGGCCAACAAACUGGGCAGAUGUAUAUUAAUCAUUGGCUGAUGACAAGCUCAGAGGUAACUGCGCAAUGUGAUGCACCGUCAAAAAAUGUAAUCCUGGCAUGUAUUAAGAAAGAAAAUUUCCAACAAUGAUGAGGGCUUGUUACUUGUCAUGCACAAAUGGACAAGGGACAGAGAUUUCUAGUCUCCUGUAUUGGAGAUUAAUUGAACCUUGGCCAAGCACGCAGAAGUGAUUGGUAAAGGAAGAGUGUUUCUUCUGAGGCGGUUUUAGAACAGCUUGUCUUGCUUAAUGAAACAGUAACAAAUACAAGGACUGGAAGGUGAUAUGACUGCAGUCUGUCUGUCAGGGCAGUGAGGAGCCUGCUUAGGGGGAAUACUGCAAAGUAGCCAUCGAUACCAGUAGCUAAAUUUAGCAUUAAAACAAAUUUGUAUAAUUUGUAUCAUGUUCUACUUGCAUAUUAAUUGGAAUUAAAAGAUACAAAAUUGGACUUAAUUAUUAUUGUUUUUAUAAAAGAAACCCUUUUAAAUAUGCUGAAAGCAUACUUUUGAAGUUAAAAUUUGCCAAGUACUGUAGUGAAGAAAUUGAAUGCUCCUAAUUACACUGACUUUAUGUAUUUUCUGACUAUGUAUCUGUGCUGUUGAUUUCAGGAGGUCAAAAUUAAUGAGUAUGUUGGGGAAACCAUGAUUUUCACUCCUUAAAUAACUGCGUAUUUCUUUUCUUUAAGAUUCUGUGUUCUGGUAUGUCUUGAGCUCUAGAUUUUGCUCUUUUUCUUUGCUUCUAGAACCUGCUGUUGUUUCAGUACUCUCUCACAGGUCCUCACAGGAUCUGUAUUUACCUAUUUGAACUAGGCCUGUAGUGUGUUAGGAAAAAAAUGAUUGCCCAAUAAAUACAGAUAUAUGGUAUAUUUUUUCUAGUUCUUUUUAAGUAUGUGUGUGAACUGGGGAUAUAUGGACACGAAAGAUUAAUUUCCAGAAGGAAACUUAAGUAGCCUUAAGAAAAUCACCUAUGUUUGAUUUGCUUCAACAACUCCACACUCAUUUGUAAUUUAAAUUAAGUUCUUGUGGCACAACUGUAUUCAUUGCUCAAGAGAAGGAAAACUUGUUUUUCUAGUAGGUGUGGCUGCUGUUACUGACAUUAACAGAGCACCAGCUAUCUGAAAUACAAUGUGUCCAUAGCUGACUUAGGUGUUGUACCAGGAUUUUUUCCCUCAGUAUUGUUCUGUAUUGAAUAAUACUUGCAAUUUACCUUAAAAAUAUUUAAGUUUUUAUCUGUUUGAAAUAAGCGAUUGGUAGAUUAUCUCAGCAAAAUACCUUAGCAAAAAAUAAAUGGAGGACUGAACAGAACUUCACUGAGCUAUCUGCUUUAAAAGGUACUUUUUCCUUUCCAGUGUUCACUGUUUAAAACAGUUGAAAAGAUGUAUUUCUUCUUGUUUAUUAUCUGCUAGCAAAAGCAGAAGAAAAAAGCAGACCCCUCCAUGUACAGAAACUGCUCCAGACAUCUGACAAAUGGAGGCAUUCAGAGUGUCACAUGCAGUAUCAUCCAUACCAUUAAAGAUGUGGCAACAUAAAGUACAAGGACAAAGAAAUUUACAUCCACCUUUAGAUAAAUUCAGAAUGUUGUGUGGCAGGAAAAAAUCUUACUUUGUUGCUGCUGUGUGCAUUAUUACUCUAACUUCAAUGGUCACAGUUUCUUAUCUUAGGUUGCAGAGACUUUCUCACCAGCCAAAAGUAAUUCAAGAAGGUAGCAAAUGUAGAGGGGAAAUUGCCAAUAGCACAAUAACACCAUUAAAAGAUAACAAAACCUUUAUUAUAUCCCCAUACUUUGAUGACAGAGAAAGCAAAGUCACUCGUGUGAUUGGGAUUGUUCACCACGAAGAUGUGAAACAACUAUACUGCUGGUUCUGCUGUCAGCCCAAUGGAAAGAUCUAUGUAUCAAAUGCAAAAAUUGAUGUUCACUCAGAUAGAUUUGGAUUCCCUUAUGGUGCAGCAGAUAUAGUUUGUUUGGAACCUGAAAACUGUGAUCCAACUCAUGUAUCAAUUCAUCCCUUUGCACAUGGAAAUAUUGACCAGCUGCCAAGGUUUGAAAUUAAAAACCGCAAGCCUGAGCCCUUUUCUGUUGACUUCACUGUGUGCAUCUCUGCCAUGUUUGGAAACUACAACAAUGUCUUGCAGUUCAUACAGAGUCUGGAAAUGUACAAGAUUCUUGGAGCACAGAAAGUGGUGAUCUAUAAGAACAACUGCAGCCAUCUGAUGGAGAAAGUCUUGAAGUUUUAUAUAGAAGAAGGAACUGUAGAGAUAAUUCCCUGGCCAAUAAACUCACACCUCAAGGUUUCCUCUAGAUGGCAUUUUUUUCUGGAUGGAACAGACAUUGGCUACUAUGGACAAAUCACAGCUCUAAAUGACUGUAUAUACCGUAACAUGCAAAGGAGCAAGUUUGUGGUUCUUAAUGAUGCUGAUGAAAUAAUUCUCCCUCUUAAGCAUCCAAACUGGAAAACAAUGAUGAGCAGCCUUCAGGAACAAAAUCCAGGGACUGGCAUUUUCCUCUUCGAGAACCAUAUCUUCCCAGAAACCGUCUCUACUCACAUGUUCAACAUCUCGUCCUGGAAUACUGUGCCAGGUGUUAAUAUAUUACAGCAUGUUCACAGAGAGCCUGACAGAAAAGAUGUAAUCAAUCCCAGGAAGAUGAUAGUUGAUCCACAAAAGGUGAUUCAGACUUCUGUCCACUCUGUCCUACAUGCCUAUGGGGACAGUGUGAAUGUUCCCAUGGAUGUUGCCCUCAUUUAUCACUGUCGGAAGCCCCUUCAAAGAGACCUCCCCAGAGAAUCCCUUGUCAGGGAUACAGCCCUGUGGAGAUACAACUCAUCAUUAAUCAUGAAUGUUAACAAGGUGCUGUCUCAAACCAUACUGUAAGUUCAAAAGGGAAACCUCAGUUCUAAGGAGGGAAAGUGGAGAGCCACCCUUACUGUGGGAAGGCAGAGGAGAUUGUUUAAAGAGCACAUCAAAAUGAUUUCCACAUGAAGGUUACAUUUUGCAGUGAUUAUUUAGGGAAUCUAUAGCAGAGCCAGGAGUCAUUUAAUCAUAUUAAAGUUCAAUGUAGAUUGCACUCUUGUAAAAUGUAAAAUUUGUUUUCAGUUAAAAAAAUAAAUUUAAAAAAUCAGUAUUUCUCAACUGAUUCAGAUAAUGCAAAUCAGUUUUCAGCUGUACUAGAAAUACAGCUAUAGUCAUUAGUAUUAAACUUAAGUUGCUUAAUUCUUGAAGUUUGUAUGUCACUGGAUACAAAAUUUGCAUGCACCAAUUGAGUAAAAGGUAAAUUACUGAGCUAGCUCUACAUUUCAACUGUAAAAAAAUUAACCCCUCAUAUUCUUGGAAAUAGUGUCUGUUAAAGUGGUGAUGUAUUGUCACACUAAACAGCUGUUGGGAAUUUUGCUGAUCCCAGUGUCUGUUCAACUGGGUUUUUGAGACAUGUAAGUUUAAGAAGAAGAGUGAGCACUCUAAUUACCCACAGCUGUUCUGAAUUACUUAAGUGGUAAGUGCUGAAUUGUGUUGGAAAGGUUUAAAACAGAGGCAAGGGAAACAGCUUGAUGUUAAAGAGACUUUUGUGAACUGAAAAGAAGCUAUUUCGAGGAGGAAAAAAUGGAUGUCUGAACAACUAUUUAUGAAACAUAUUAGUUUGUUGGGGGUUUUUUUGGGACCUUGAAGCCUCAUAAGAAAAUGUUUCUUCAUGAAAUUUAGGCAUGAGUUGCAUUUUUUUAGUCCACUAUGUGGUGGUAAUUGAAUUAUAUUGCUUCCUUGUGUAGGUGUAAGGGUACAGAAGCUGCAUCUUUUCCAACCUUUAUCUAAAAAUAGUGCCAAGUAGUUACUAACUUCUGCUGAAGGGUCAGAUGGAAAGCAAAGCAAACAAAAAAACGUCAGUGUAGUUCCACGGUUUCAGUCAUAUAUUUUCUGUUUGAUAAGUCCCCAAAGCUGUAUGUGCUGUACUGUUGUGGCAUUGUAUUAGAACAUUCAUAUGAAGGCACAUCUGAGGGCAGUCAGUCUAACACUGGUGUCUGACAGAGGGAAGUGUGUGAGAGGUUUGCUUUUUUAUAUUUCUACACCAGUGUCACUCUUUCAUCUCUUCAUCUAUUUUGUGGUGGCACAUACCCUUAAGGAGCUCUGUCAGUAGCAGAUUAGUAUUAUUAGCUAGCAGAUGUCCAAGAGGAACUUUACUUAGAGGUCUUUAAAAAACUAUUUGCUAAUUGUGUUCAUAAUUAUUAGCUGCUAUGUUACGGGUUAAAAUUUCAUUUGUAAAACUAAAAGGGUAGAAGAGCAGCGUAGUGUGUAGUGGAUGCUUGUCAUUGUGGUUUCUGCUUGCAUACUCUGGGGGAAUGUAGAAAAGGAAAAUUUAGAGUUCUGAUUUAGAAUUCUGAUUUAAACUUUUCUGCAACUUGUGAAAUACCUGUGGCAGAAUUCCUUUUCAACUACCACUUCACAGCUUUUGGCUAACUGCAGCAUUUGCUUCGGAGUGGCUGCAAUGUCUCCGAAAGUUUGUAUCAACAAACUGGCAGCUGCAUUUACAGCGCAGGUGCCUGCUGCAGGGGUACUGUCUUCCUUAGUAACAGGUCCACUUAGAAGUUUAGACUCAUGUAGUUUGCAAGGGGCAUCUGGAAGUCCAACUUAUAGCAUGGUUUGCUCAGGACUUUGUCUAGGCUGGCUGGACACACAGUGUCUCUGGGCAACCUGUUCCAGACUUAACCUAAUCUAACAAGAGAAUUUCUCUUGUUGCAGUUUGUGACAAUUGGCCGUUGUCUUGCUGUAUGAGUCUGACUUUGUCUUCUUUUAGUUCCUUACUAGUUAGCUGGAGACAGUAGCAGGGCCUCCCCUCCCCUUGCCCACCACCACCACCUUCCUUUUCCCCACCAUUCUUUCUGGAAGGCUGAACUUGGCUUUCAGUUUCUCAGCCAUCUUGUGCUCCACCCCUCUGGAUUCUGCAUCAUCAAGGUCACUAACAAAGUAGUUACCCACAUUUUCCUGUUUCGCUGAUCUGGGUACAAUGACAUUUCUGGCAUGCUCCUGUUUAAUCUUUCAGGUAACACACUGUUUUACAGGUGGCUUCUUCAGAGGAAGCUGAGUUACCACACACAUCAUACACGGUGUAGUUACUCCUACAUUAAGAAUGAUGAAAACUUGGUGUCAAGACAAGUAAUUGAAAGCUUUCUACUUCAUGUAAGCUUCCUUCACUUUUGAGUGCAGUUUGACUUGAGAGUUGUGAAUUUGGGUUCAAUUUUUUAAAAUCCUUGACUACAGAAACAUUUUUCAAAGUAAAUUGGUAUGAAUAAAGGUGGAAAACUGAGUGCUUAAGACUCUGGCCUUGAAUUUGAGAGACAGUGCUCCACUGACUUCAUGCAAUUCCUAUUGCAUCACUCAAAUACUGAUUCUUGCAUAUGAAAACUCCCACUGGUGUAAUUAAUACUGCAGACAUUGGGGAACCCUGGCCUUCAUUCAGUACUAAGUAUGAAAUUGGGUCUCCUUGGAGAGUGGGAAGAAAAAAAACAUAUUAACAAUAGUAAUGCUAACAGUUUUGUCUUUUCAAGGACAUGAGCCAAUCUUCAUGAAAACUCCUGUUUUCAUGUUGUGUAAAAAAAAAAAAAGACAUUAAGGGGAGAUUUUAUUUUAAGGGAGGAGGGGAAACCAACCUAAAGCGUUUCUAAAGCAC